AUUUGGCAACCCGCUCCCACUCGGCCUGCCGUUGUGUCAGUAGACGGAUGUGUUUCUAGCGCAGAACAAAAACACUCUUUAAAUUAAACUGAAUUUGUUGUAAAUGGGGGAAAUAUAUAUCCGCCGUUUUGGACAAACCGAUCCCCUUCGCUGUUUACAUAUCCACAACUAAAAUUAUUUAACGUUAUUUUUUUUUUUUGGUGAUUUUUCUUAUUAACGGUUGUGUAAAAGAAUAAAAUGGAGUCAGCGGUUAGCCGUUAUCAAGUGUUGCACAACGAGGAUGAGCCUUCUGAAACAAGCCAUGCUGAAGAGCCUUCCACCUCGUCCCAGGUGGUUGCAACUAUCAACCCUGACACCAUGGCAAUAGGUGGCGAGGUUCCACCCCCUUCUUAUGCCAGCUUGGCAUUAGGAGCUACGUCCACUCCGGAACGUGUGUUUCAAGGGGAUUUUCCUGUUCCACCUCCCUACAGUGUGGCUACAUCUCUACCCACCUAUGAUGAAGUCGAGAAAGCCAAAGCAGCUGAACUUGCAGCCUCGACCGGGGACAGCAUACCACGAGAUGAGGAUUUUCCUCCACGAGAUGAUUUCAGUGAUGUUGAUCAGCUGCGUGUCGGAAAUGAUGGCAUCUUUAUGCUGGCCUUCUUCAUGGCUUUCUUGUUUAACUGGAUUGGAUUCUGCUUGUCCUUCUGUCUCACUAACACCAUUGCUGGCCGUUACGGAGCAAUUUGUGGAUUCGGAUUGUCACUCAUCAAGUGGAUUCUCAUCGUCCGGUUUUCUGAUUAUUUUACCGGAUAUGUUAAUGGACAGUACUGGCUCUGGUGGAUAUUUCUGGUUCUGGGUCUCCUGCUGUUCUUUAAAGGUUUUGUAAACUACUUGAAGGUGAGAAACAUGUCUGAAGCCAUCGCCAGCACACAGAGAGCUCGCUUCUUUUUCCUCUAUUAAAGGAUCACUUUCACAGACGUACCUCCUGCUGAUUUGUACCUUGUUGAACAUAAAGAGGAGCAGGAAGUGGAUGCACUGGGAAAGGACAUGGAGUGAGAGAAAGGACAAUGAGGAGUGCUUCAAAAAAUCUUGUCCCUAUUAUAGCAACUCAAGCUUCAUCAAAUCAUCAUCUCAUCCCUGAUAUGGAUGUUUUUUUUGUUGCCAAAAUUCCAUGUAGUUUAAUAAUGAAGUUUGCUGUGUGGGAAAAUAUUUACUGUUGAAUGAUGCUCUACAAACUGCAUGCAGACAAUAAAACAAAAGAACAAAAGCCCUCAUAAAUAUGCAGCCAAGAUGUCCUAUGCAAUUUUCUUAAUUUAAAUGUUAACAGUGAUUUGUCGCUCAUUAGCACUUUUGGAAUUAAGGACCUUGGCAACUUUUAUUGCAGUAUUAACAUGUGCUUGAAUAAUUUAAUUGUUUAAAUAAUGACAAUGUCAAACUUCAUUCUGAUGUACAAUAUUUUUUGCACAUUUUUCUGAGAAGGUUCUGAUAUCGUUGUUUGCUUAAUUGUAUUGAAAAGCUUGUGGAAAUUUUAUUUAACUGUUGUGAUUAGUUACAUGCAGCAUCCAAUAAAAUGGAGAGGAUUUGAGAGGAUUUUAAAAAUCCUAAGUUCCACCUCCUGUCCAUUUCA